CGCUCAGGUAAUAUCCAUUCAUCCGUCGUUCUGAUGCGUCUUCUUUAACGAAAAGAUAUUCUGCGUCAAACUGGAGCACUAGACUCAAUAAAAACAGUAUACGCAUUAAUAAUCACCGUGGUAACAUUAUGGAUAUGGUACGCGGGAUGCAGCUAUCAAGUGAAUCGAAAUGUGUGAAAAACCUUAUGUUCAUAUUCAAUUUAUUAUUUGUGAUCACUGGGAUCGUCCUACUGUCGGUAGGAUCAGUAAUCCUUGGUGUUUAUCACAAUUAUGCACACUUCUUGGACAUUAAAUUCUUUUCGGUGCCAACACUGAUGAUUGCGAUCGGCGCCAUUAUCUUCUUAAUCGCAUUUUUCGGAUGCUGCGGUGCUGCGCGCGAAAAUUACUACAUGAUCGUUAUGUUUACUACACUGAUGAUCCUGGUAUUCGUCUUCGAAUUGGCUGGUGGAAUAUCUGGAUACGUAUUAAGAAAUCGUGCCAACGUAGUAAUCGAGAAAAACAUGAACGAAUUGAUGAAACAGUACAAUCAUAGUGAGGACAUUGCGUACGUCUGGGACUCUCUUCAGCGAGACUUUCAGUGCUGCGGUACCAUCAACCCUAAUGAUUGGAUUAAUAUUACUGGAUCCAAUGAUCUUCCAUUAUCUUGUUGUGAAAUUAAAGCGGGGACAAUUGGUUCCUUCAGUUGCAAUACUAAUACGACAACCUUAAAUGAUGAAGGCUGUUUAACAAGCUUUCAAACUAUCAUUAAGACUCAUGCUGUACAACUUGGAGCUGUUGGUAUUGGCAUAGCCUUUGUGCAGGCUAUUGGAAUUGUAUUCUCUAUUUAUUUGGCUCGCUCCAUCAGGAACACAUAUGAAUCUGUAUAGUUCAGAUUGUUAAAUUUGUAGGAGUAACAGGUUAUAAGUAUAUCCUAUCUGAUUUGUGGUUCGUUCUGUGGAUAUUUCUGUACUGGCUGCUUCUGUCACGAAUUUUUGUUUGAUUCUAAUGAAAUAGAAGGACAGAUUUGACUUGUAAUAAAUGAAGUACAGUUUAUCAUUGUUUUAAUUCCAUUUUUUUAUUUGACAUUGCUGUGACAUAUUCCAAUUUUCUUAUUACUGAAACGUCUUUAUGAACUGUCGAUCUGUUUGCUUUUGUUGUAAAAAUAGGAUUAGACUAAGAUUUCUAAAUUUACUGUAAAAGUCAUGGUCUCCUCUUGUACUAAGUACCAUAGGUGAAAUUCCCGUUAGGGAGAAAUUAUGCUGGAGAUUUAUUUUAUUUGUUCGUUCAUAAAUGUCAUUACUAAAGUGUAGUCUAAGUAACUGCUGUGGUAUUUUAUAGGAAUGUCAGUGCAUUGCUUUCUUAUGUAAAACGCAAACACUAUUUUAAUGUUGAAUUUUCAAAAUAAGUGUAUCGCCAUAUUGAAUAUUGGAUUACUAUGAAAUAUGUUUAUAAUGUAAAAAUUGUAUUUCAGAUUGUAUGAAGUUGUUAAUUAUAAUUUGAAAAAAAAAAAUAAACUUAAGUAUAGCCACA